GAGAGAGAGAGAGAGAGAGAGAGAGAAGAAUUACAGUUUCUCUCUUUCUCAUUCUCCAUAACCUACCUUUUUCUCUCCUGUGCUCUCACAAAGAUCACACCAGGUGAGGGAAGAAAAGAGGAAGAUCUGAUGUACUUACUGGUGGAUCUUAAUUAUACACAUGAUCAUGAUGGCCCUUGCGAAUAAAGAAACUAUGCACUGGCACUGUGAGGCAUCCCUAAGAUGUCUCCAGGCCAACGGAUUCCCUUACAGCCUACAACCUAAUGGGAAUCCAAUUGAAGUCUCUCCUGAGCUUAAAGGUGACUUUGCUGCUCAACCUGGUGGGGAUGUUUCCGAACCAGUUUGUUCUCUUAGUGGCGAAUUUAUGGAACAAUCAAAUGAGUUUUACAACAAGCAAACCCACCAGCAUCAUUAUCGCUCAUGCUCAACCUUCUACCCUGACUAUCAAAAGGUGCAGCCAUUCCCAGUGUAUCCUUUUGAGAACCAGCUUUACUACUUUCCUUUGGAGAACCAGUUUCACCAUGCACCAUUCAAUACAACUGUUCAAGGACAUCCUUAUGAAUUCCAGUUUCAAGAUUUUCAGUAUUUUGUGGUCAUAGACUUUGAGGCUACAUGCGACAAGGAGAAAAAUCCACAUCCACAAGAGAUAAUUGAGUUCCCAUCUGUCAUCGUCAGUAGCAUUACUGGGCAGCUUGAAGCAUGUUUUCAGACAUAUGUUAGGCCAACUUGCAAUCAGCUACUAACUGACUUUUGCAAGGAUCUGACUGGCAUCCAGCAAAUUCAGGUGGACAGAGGCGUUACACUGAGUGAGGCUCUCCUUAGACAUGAUAAGUGGCUAGAGAAGAAAGGUAUAAAGAAUACCAGCUUUGCAGUUGUGACAUGGUCCAACUGGGACUGUCGGGUAAUGCUGGAAUCUGAGUGCCGAUUCAAAAAGAUUCGAAAGCCUUCUUACUUUAACCAGUGGAUCAACUUAAAAGUUCCUUUCCAUGAGGUUUUUGGUGGUGUGAGGUGCAACCUGAAAGAGGCAGUGGAGAUGGCUGGGCUGGCAUGGCAGGGACGUGCUCAUUGUGGUCUAGAUGAUGCAAAGAACACUGCUCGCUUACUUGCCCUCUUGAUGUGCAAGGGUUUCAAGUUCUCUAUAACAAACUCACUGAUUUGGCAGAAUACUGAUUGUCCAUUGACAUGGAAGCAGUUCCCGGAGCACAUACCCCCUUCAUAUCUCCCCUACAAGCCAAAUGAUCAGCAGGUGCCAGUGUUCCAGUAUCAUCCCUAUUGUUUCUGUGGGGUGAAGAGUAGCAAAGGAACGGUUAGGAAGCCAGGGCCAAAACAAGGGAGCGUUUUCUUUGGCUGUGGAAACUGGACUGCUACAAGAGGUGCACGCUGCCACUACUUUGAGUGGGCAUCUCCAUGACUUUGCUAGGGCGUAGCCAUCUCUCAUGGCUACAUAUUAAAGCUUGUUUAGACGUCUUGUGUAAAAAAGAGGAAAAAAAGUAACCAAAAAUGAAAAAAAGGAAUGGUAGUGCGUUGUCUCCUAGCUGAAGCAUAUACAAACAUCCUAACCACUUGGUGAAGACUUCUGCUUCUUAGAGAAGUGGUUUCGAUGGUUGGCUGAAUUGCGCAAAACUCAGAAGUAAUCAUCCAAGGUAAUCGAGCUCCAAUCUGUAAAGCUGACUUAUUGUUGACAGGAGAACAAAUUGGGACAGCAAGGUACGGGUAGUUAGGCUGAUGCGUUACAUGCACAGACAUGCUAAAUUAUCAUAAAUAAUCUUUGAGAUGGUGACAAUCUGGUUUCCUAUAUGCAUUUUUAUC